CAUUGCCCCUCAUUUCCAGGCUGUUGAUGCAACAAGUACAGCACCUUCCAAUUAUUUACAUUGCCAUACACCGAGAAAUGCAUCAAAUCUUCCCAACUCCAAUGAACUUUGUUCUGGCAAUCUCACUUCUUCAAACAUUACUCCAAACAAACCAAGGAUGCGGUGGACACCUGAGCUCCAUGAGCGGUUUGUAGAUGCUGUUAACAAGCUUGGUGGAAGUGAAAAAGCUACUCCAAAAGCUAUCCAAAAAGUUAUGAAGGUUGAAGGCUUAACUAUAUACCAUGUAAAAAGCCAUCUACAGAAGUACCGCACAGUUCAUCAUCGACCUGAACUAUCUGAUGGUGAAUCUGCGAAAAGAAAUGGCCAAGCAGAUGAAGUUUCCUCUCAGCCCAUGAAAGGCAUGGAGACUUGCGAAGAAUUAAGAGCGCAGAUUGGUUUGCAGAAACAACUUCAUGAACAACUUGAGAUCCAAAGAAAGCUUCAAAUGCAAGUAGAAGAACACAGCAAGUACCUCGCCAUGGUGAUCGCAAAGCAGAGUGAGAGCCUUAAACAGCUGGGAGCAUUACCAAGAUCUCUUGGUGCACCAUCCACGCAGGUUUUGGAUAAUAAGGAAACAUGUGAGGGACAAACAGGAGACACCGAUUCAGCAGAGCAAAAAUCUGAGGAACACGAUCUCGAAAUUUCAGCCAAGUGACCUGCUGGAUCAUUGGCUGCAUGAAGUGAGAAUCAGAGCUCAAUUCUAUUCUGACAGGAUUUGGUCAUUGGCUGUAGAAGAUGAUAAUCAUAAC